UCUAUCAGCCUGCGAGCCCCCAAUGAAACCACGGGCUCCAUACCCUUCCAGUACUGGCAGCACCACCCUGAGAAACUCAUCUUCCAAGCAUGUGAUUACAAAGCAUAUAGCAUGCCAUUUGGGGGAAAAUAUGGACCCAUUUUAAAACCCGUACCUCACCCCCAGUGUUCCUGGUCUGAGAUGAUAAAGUAUUUAGGAUCAAUGCUGAUAAAGGAAUUGAGGGGGACGGAAUCAACACAAGAUGCCUGUUCGAAAAUGAGGAAAUCAACAGAGCAAAUGAAGAAGGUCCCCACAAUUAUCCUAACAGUUUCUUACAAAGGAGUGAAAUUCAUGGAUGCAGCAAAUAAGACAAUUAUUGCUGAACACGAAAUCCGCAAUAUAUCAUGUGCUGCACAGGAUCCAGAAGACCUCUCUACGUUUGCAUAUAUCACAAAAGAUUUGAAAUCUAAUCUCCAUUAUUGUCAUGUGUUCAUGCCUCUCUAGCGUUUGAUGUUAAUUUAGCCUAUGAGAUCAUCUUGACAUUAGGACAAGCAUUUGAAGUUGCUUAUCAGCUCGCACUGCAAGCCAGGAAAGGCGGACAUUCCUCAACACUUCCAGAGAGCUUUGACAGCAAGCCUACCAAACCUAUCCCAAAACCUCGAGUCAGUAUUCGAAAGGCAACGAUCAACCAGAUCAAAAGACUCUUGCUAAUCUGCCUUGGAUCGUUGAACCAGGACAGGAAACAAAACGGGGGAUCAGCACCAAGUACGAGACCACCAUCUUCUAAUAUCAGCUGGCCCCUUCUCCUCGGUGUGCCUUCGCACUUGCUCAUGUUUAAACGUGCAAAUGGCAGCCUGCUCUCCAGCGCAGAAUAA